AAUUGCACUUCCUGUUUACCCUAGCGCCAGAUGAAAAUCUAAGUUUUGACUUGCGAAGUACAGAAAGUCAAAAGAUAAAUUCUUUAAACUUUGAAAAAGAAGAAAUUUAAAAUCAUAUUUUUCUGAAACAACCAAAAAUAGCCUUCUUUACAGGUUACAACUUAGCAGGAUGAGUUUAAGGCCUCGUCCAGUCACUGCCACAGUUACAAAACCAAAAUGGAUGGAGCCACAGGUGACAAGACCAAGAUCUAGGUCAUUAGAAUCCAAUGGAUCUACUGCAUCUUUGACUUCAGUACUUGAUCAUGACAGUUAUGAAAGUUUGGGAGAAAGUGAGGACGAAUUACAUACAGAGGAAGGGGAUCAAUAUACCAGAAGUGAUAUAGAUAAUAGAUUACACGAAGAUGUUAAAAAUAAAUGCAUUAUAUCAGAAUCUUCAUCACAAUACACAGAACAAAAAGAUCCUCAGUUAUCUUCAUGGGAAAAAUGGUUGAUUCAAAAAAGUAAAAGUGAAAGAAAAAAACAAAGAGAAAUUAGGAGAGCAAAAAAACAAGAAAAAACAAUAAAAGAAAAGGAAAAACAAGAUAAGGAAAUGAAAGAAAAGAAAGCAGAAGAGAGGAGGAAAGAAUGGUUAGAACAAAAAAGUUAUGAAGAAAAAUUACGUAAAAAGAACGAUAGACAAAGAAAAAGAUUAGAAAAAGACUUAAAGGAAGAUGAAAAGAGACGUGUAGCUGUUAAAGCUGAGGGUAAUUAUGAUGAGUGGAUGGAAAGAAAAAAGAAAGAAGAAAAAGAUUUAAAAAAAGAACAGAAACGAAGACAACAAGAGGUAGAACAUGCAAAGAAAAAACAACAAAUAGACGCACAACAUAAAUAUGAAGAAUGGUUGCACAGGUCCAAGAACAGACCCAAAUCUGUUCCGAAUAGUUUUGGUUAUACUUCUGGAAAAUUGACAGGAGAUUAUAUAAUCGAAGGUUACCAUGACACUAAUGCAUAUCCAGUGCCAACAUUCUACAAUCCAUUACCAUGGCAACCAAUACCUAUUCCAAGACAGAAACAAGAGAAAAAAGUCAGACCCAAAACAAAACGAUAUGUAUGGAAGCCUGAAAAAUAUUUGUAACUGACAUUUUGUUUAGUAUUGUAAACUAGUAUUAUUUAUUUAUUGCUCCAGCAUUCAUGUCACAUCUAGGACAUAAAUUGAAGUAUCUUUGAAUUCUAAGAGGACACCCCCAUUUUACUAUACUAUACUCUGAAUAUUGUUCUCUUUAGAAGGUAAUGACAUUGAGUUUUUCCUGUGUAAAGCAGGAAAUUUGUAUCUUCAAUAAGAUAUGAGGAUCAUGAUCUAAUUUGUGUGAUUCUUAACAAUAUUAUAAUAGGUUAGUGUACAAUAUACCAUAGUACAAGUGUGGGAAAUAUACUAGUUUUUAUUUUAAUUUUAAAAGAGAAUUUGUAGUUAUUUGAUUCCAUUUUAGUUGAAAAACUUCUUCCAAAAAAAUAUGAUUUUGGUCCACCAUGUUUCUUUCUA